UAUUUGCAGGCAAUUUUGAGAUUGCGGAUUGCCGGAAUAAUAUUAAUUUAUUUUACGCAAUUUUUUUCGCUGUUAUAGAUGGAUUGGGGUGCAAUUAAAAACCAAUUCAAACAAACUUGGCUCACCACCGGCCUUAGCCUCGUCCUUUUUUCUGGUGUUACUUAUUUCUUAUUAUGGGCUGAGAGUGGCACAAUACAAAGCAAUCUCAUGUUGGAUGAGCUCAUAUCUGCAGCAGAAAGUAUUGAUGUUCACACUGGAGACAAUGCAGCACGGUAUGAAGGUUGUGUGGUUCAUAUCCUGGGCCCUUUGCGCAUUCUUGAGCCUAUAUCUGAACCUGAUUACAACAUACAGGUGCAAGCUGUAAAGUUGAGGAAAAGAGUUCAAAUGUACCAGUGGAUAGAAGAAGCACAGGAUCAAGAGAAUUUUUUAAGUGAACCUGCAGAUGAAUCCUACAAAACAUACUGGUAUCACAAAGAUUGGAGAGAUUACAUUGUAGAUUCGUCUCUGUUUUACAUCAGACCUGGUCAUCACAACCCUACUUCUAUGCCUUUCUUCAGUGAAACCCAUAUAGCAGAGAAUGUGAAAAUUGGAUAUCUGUAUUUAGGAAUAGACGUAAAGCGCAAGGUGAAUGAUUACUACGAAAUAUGGUCUGAUUCAAGACCGGAGAGGAGCGAUAUCAAGUUACAUUCUGGUUUCUACUACCAUGGUGAGAGUGCCCUAGAACAUGAGGUUGGAGACUUACGCGUUCAUUUUUCAUAUGCCGGUCGAGAGGAUGAUAUUUACACAGCUGUAGGAUUAGUAGAAGGUGGGACCUUGAUAGCAUACAGUCCCGCUAACUUCCCCACUGCCGAUCCCAUCGCGUUGCUUCGUAAGGGCUCCUACAGUCUAAAACAGUUACACGAUUUGGAACGACGGGACGCUAACGUUCACACGUGGAAGUACAGAUUGUUGGGUUUCGUGCAAGUAUUCGCGUCGGCUAUGACCCUGCACCCGGAUUGGAUUACUUUAUUUCUUCAAUGUCAGUGGAUAUCCAGCAACUUGAGGCGGUGCACGAGGCUGUGGGUUAAUUUCAUCCUCUCGUUUUCGUACACACUCUUCGUUAUAUCAGUGCCUUGGCUGGUCCAUAAACCUACAUUCGGCGCGAUGGUACUGGGCGGGGCUCUUCUCCCACUUCUGCAUUAUUCCACGUUGCUCACUCGAAGGGAAACCACGCCAGAACCCCCUCCCUAUGCACGUUGGAACGACAACCUUCGCUGAACGUGUUUUACAGAAACAUGAUGUCCACUGCUGGACAAGGCCUCUCCCAAAGAUUUCCAUCUUGAACGGUUGGAAGCGGCGUAGACUGAACGCAUAUGUAGGUCCAAUAGUGUUCCCUGUUCCUGUCGGUACAAAAUGAUCGCAUGUCUUUAAUACACAUAUGCUUCACAAAUGCGAGAUGGGCUGGGCUAGUGUGUAAUUUGGUGAGAUUUAUUUUAUAAGUGAUUUUUAUAAUUAUUUGUAAUUUACUUUAUUUGUGUACAGUUUAUUUGUGCUUAUUUUAAUUAAAUUUCCACAAUUAGCUUAAGUGACAAUUAAUUUUAAAUAUUUUAUCCAUUUAAUUCUAGUCUGUUUAAUUUUUAUCUAAGAAAAAAUUAUAUGAAAUAGCAAUCAUAUCUUAGUUUUAGUUAAGUAUAAGUAGAUAUUUUUUUAAUAUAAACCAUUCAUUAUUAGCUCGAAUAAUGUGAUAGUAAUAAUAAGCCUCACUAAUUCUUCCUUGAAGUAAACCCGUAGAUUUUGAUAUUAAUUUAAAAGUAUAUAUUUUAAUAAAGCUGGUUGUGACUUACUUCCUUAAAUCUUCACUGCAAUAAAUAAUUAUAAA